UGCGAUUAUUUUGUUGGACUGUGAACUUAGUUUUAUGCGAUAAUGUGAUUUAUGUUGUUAAAUAAUAUGAAGUUUUUAUAUGUACCUAUUGAGAAAUUGUAGUUAAAAUUUAAUUUUGUCCCGUAUCUAGUAGGCGACGAGCUGCCGGACGCCUACAUCGAAUAUUGGAAAAAUUGUUUUUUUAUAAAAUUAAAAAGUGUAUUUUUAAAUCAGUAAAGCAUGUUUGACUAUCGACGCGGAACUUUGUGUGUGAGAUUCAUAUCACAGUUUCGAAUUCCGCGGACGGAUUGCGUGGAGUACGGCCCCCCGCGGCGCGUGCAGGACCCCAAGCAGUGCGCGCUGCGCGACCGCGGCCUCGUGCUGGGCGUGUAUUACAACGAGCAUGUCACCGAGGAGGGCGCCAUACUGACGGCCGCCGCACAGAAAUAUGAUCAAAACUGCGGCGGAAAGCUUUGGAGUCAAUUGAAACUGGCACCCAUACCGCGCCUCGGAGAGUACCGAGUGUUCUACGACCUGGACGGCCACUUCGGCUACGUGGCCGUCGCCGGCCUGGGCUCCGAGUGCUUACGAUACAACACCACGGAAGCGCUGGACGAGAGCAAAGAAGCGAUCCGAAUAGCGGCGGGCUUGGGCACGGAGGCGUUGCAGCAGCUGAAGCCGUCUUCCAUCCACGUAGAGUCGUUCGGGAACGCCGAGGCCGCGGCGGAGGGCGCGACGCUUGCGACUUGGAGAUUCCAAGAAUAUAAAAGCCCAACGAGCCCGCGGCUAAUGCCCACGCCCAAACUGGAGCUUUACGACGACUGCGACUUCGACGGUUGGAAGGUCGGCGCGUUGAAAGCGGAAUCCCAAAACUUAGCUCGUCAUCUCCAAGAGAUACCCGCGAACCUGUUGAACCCGACGUCGUUCGCCAAGAUAGCGGUGGAGCUGUUGUGCGAGCUGGACAUCAACGUCGAGGUGAAGACUCAGGGCUGGGCGGCGAGCCACGAGAUGGGGGGCUUCGUGGCGGUCGGGAAAUCCUCAGUGCAGCCGCCGCUCUACGUGGAGAUCGGCUACUUCGGGGCGUCCGAGUGCGAGCGACCUGUCGUGAUGAUCGGCAAAGGCGUCACGUUCGACAGCGGCAGCCUGGACCUGAAGCCGCCGAACGAACUGCGUUACAUGAAAGGGGACAUGGCGGGCGCCGCGUGCGUGCUGGCCGUGGCGCGCGCCGCGGCGCUGCUCAAGCUGCCCGUCAACAUCCGCGGGAUCCUGCCGCUGUGCGAGCUGAUGCCCAGCGGCAAGAGCCCCAAGUCGGGGGACGUGGUGUCGAGCGCGAGCGGCAAGUCCAUUCACAUAAGACUGCCGUCGCGCGAGGGGCGCCUGCUGAUCGCGGACAGCCUGGUGUACGCGCGGAACUACUGGCCGCGGUUCAUCCUCGACGUGGGCACGAUGUCCAAGGAGCUGAUCGCCUCGCUCGGCGGCGCGGCGUGCGGCUGCUAUUCCAACUGCGAGGAGUUGUACUGCUACGCGGCGGCGGCGGGCGGCCACACCGGCGACCGCGUGUGGCGGAUGCCUCUCUGGAAGUUCUACGAGGAGCGGGUGAAGGACUGCCAGACCGCCGACGUCGCCAACACGGGCCGCGAGCGCUUCGGGGACUCCCCGAACUGCGCCGCGUUCCUCAAACAGUUCGUGUGCGACAGCAGGUGGAUCCACUUAGACACGUACAACGUGGCGUACACAAAGGGUGCCGACUUCCCCUACCUGCGCCGCGGUAUGACGGGCAGGCCGACGCGGACGAUUCUCGAACUCAUGUUGCAGCUACUGAAUGAUUCUAAAUUGUGAUAAGUCGUGUUUAAAAUUUUCUCUAAAGAUUCCGCAUUCGGUGACAUAUUCAUAGCGCGAUUAACACCUAUGUAGGUGUCAGUGAGAUACCUCCAAACCUAGUUACCUAUGAAUAAACUAUAAUGAUGUUUUUAUUUAUUUAAAUCCUUAAGCUAAAUAUGUACUACAAUGUUUACCUAUUAAAAUUACAGUUAAGUGUUUAACUUUCUGCUAGUUACACAAAAUUAAAACAUUUUAUGUGAUGAAAACUUGAUUUUCGAAAAACGGGGUAUAUCAAUAUCUUUUUACUUACGAGUAGGUAAGUAGGAAAGACAUUGAUUUAUCCCAUUUUCCGUUUUUAGACCAUAAAGCCAGCAAACAAUCUGAGUAGAUACCUAACUGUUGCUGUCUUUUUCUGUAAGAAGUAACAUUAGCAAAUACAUUAAACUCUGUCAUACUUAUUUAAUAAAUUUGUUAAGAAAGUUUUAA